AAUCAAUCAACCAAACCAACAAUCAACCAACCACAUAUAAGCACCCAGACACCUAUAAGUAUAUACCAAAUGUGUACCAAUGUCCCGAAACAGGGAUAUUAGAGGGUUCUUCGCAAACCCUGGCGGCCGUAGCAGCUCCCAAUCGCUACCGGUAUUCUCGUCACAGCCGGCACGGGAUCCGCAUUCCUCAAUUUCAACCCCUAGUACACCUCCGAAACCCACAACGAAACCUCGCGAUCGGACCGAAGAGAUUAAGGGUUCCGAUGAUGACGGCGAUUCUGACGACUCACUUGAGUCCAUAUCCGCCUUUAUUGAACGGAAAGCCGGACCCGCACCCUACCAAAGAGAUCCGAAUCUAGCUACUCCCACAGCUAAGAGGAUAGCUUCUAGUUCUACUUCACACCUUAAAUCCCCUUUGACCAUACAGCCCAAACAGAAAUUUAGUCUGAGGGAUUUGAUAAAACAUGCUCAACAGUCUGAUCGAGUAGAUGAAAGUGCCAGGCGAGCUGAUGAACUUAUCAACCAAAGUGAAGACGAUAGCGACAAUAGCCAAAUCCUGACGGAUGUGCAAAAUGACCCAACUCUCUUACAAAAGACAGCAAAGGAACUCCUAAACAAUGACGAUAGUGAAGAUACGAAAGGCGACAAGCUCGUAAGGGCUAUGAAUCGCACCAAAGUCGAUGGUAUUCGCAAGCAAUGUUACUUCUUCAACUUAGAACAGCCUUUGAUCAAGCCGCCAAGAGCACUAUUCCCACAGAAGGGGGCGAAAGGAUGUUGGAGCUGCCUAGCUAAUUCAAGUACACGAAACCAAGCCAUCAUAUUAGGUUUACCUCACACUAUCGCCUCUAAAGGCAGAACACUGCCAGAUGAGCUAUUGCUCUGGAUCCUCAACGAAGUUUGCGUGGAGAAAAAUGCUCAGCUGCGCAUGCAGUACUGCAACCUAGUGACUUUGUGUCCUAGUAGUAUCACUCGCCUUGUCACAGAUGUCCAGUUAUACUCCAUGCUCGAGAAGUUGGGUGGCCCUAAGUACCCCCGAAAGCAAGAUGCUGUCAAGUUUCAGAGUGUGCAGAAAGUAGAAGAUCUAUAUCGUCGGAGGGAUUGGACGGGUCUUGUAGCUUUCCUGGAACUCCUAGAGCAGAUGGCUCCAAGAUUGAAAACACAAAAUGUAAUAGGGGCAAUUCUACUCUUACUACGCAUGGGUCUCGAUCCCCUUGUUAGUACAACAGUCCGUUCUGAGCAUGCCGCGGCAAUGGAAGCUCUCGUCGAGGCUAUAUCGAGGUUAAAUACACAUCGAUGGAACGAAGCCUGCAACACGAUAUCCUCAUACAUAUACAAAAGCGUAGACGAACCUCUACACCAAGUCAUUCCCAUCAGCCAUACGCCCACAACCACAGCUAAGCUCUUGGACUUACGACGGCGUAUGGCAGCCGUAACUCUCUUCCGAGACCCAGAACUGGGUAGUAAACCAGUCGACGAAACUCUAACAUUAAACGAUAUUAUGGAACGCUUGGACUCAGACGAUUUCCGUGUCGGAGCAACCAACGACUUCGACAACCUGCGAGCGCUCGUUACACUCCUCGACAUCGUCAUUAGUGGUGCGGGUUUCCUCAAACGACAGCACUCAACCAACGAAGAUGCAGAUCGCAAGUUCGACGCAGACAUCGAUAGGUUGACAUUCAGAUUAAAACUGAUCCAUGACAAGAUCCACGAUAGUACUGUCUUAUCCCGCAAGAUGGCGAAAGCCUGUAUCGACUUAUUGUCCAAGAGGUUAACCUACUCGGUUCGCACGCGGCCUCCGCCGAAGACCAGUAUAUUCGAUCCGGAGCCAAAGGAGGAUACGAAUAUCCCGAAGCAGCGGGCCUUUAUGAAGAACUGGGCUCAGAAGAAGGCAGAACGAAAUGCUGCUGCGUUAGCUAGUAAAAGUGGUGAUGUAAACGGUAGCAAGAAAUGAAUUGUGUUGAUUAGAUAUAAUAGGAAUAUAUGGAUAUGAGCAUGUGAAAUGGAUUUGGUUGUUUUAUUGAUGUGGAUUGGACGUUCUUACAAACGCCUCAUGUUAUGAUAUACAGCAGCCUUUCUAAUGAGUACCACAACCAAGAGCAUGGUAUACAUAUUCCUAUGCUGGAUGCAACCCCACUGAGUGACCCUCGAGCGGGAAGCUUCUCUCCAACGUAAUUUCUGUCCUGCCUGCUGACGUCCUGCGUUGAUCUGAUAUGUU